UUAAUACUGGAAAAUGACUUAAUUUACAAAUGAUUAAUGCAUCAUUUAUGAAUUAUUACAAAAAUCAACUUAUAAAAGUUUCACAUGGGGUAACAUAUUAUGGAUAUGUAAACCACAUGUUUACAUAUCUGGAAAUGAAUGUCACAAUAAUCAUGAUCAACUCUACACAGGUUUCAUAUUUUACACUUGUUGCCUACUUUGACACCGGGCUGUUUAAAUACCUGUUUUUCCUGAUUGUUAUGUCUCUAUAUGCUUUUAUAAUCUGUGCCAAUGUGCUGCUGGUUGUGGUUAUCUGUGUGAACAGGAGCUUACAUGAACCUAUGUACCUUUUUCUGGUCAGCCUGUUUGUAAAUGAACUGUAUGGUAGUACAGGGUUGUUUCCAUUCCUUCUGGUUCAGAUCCUCUCGGACAUUCACACUGUUUCUGCUCCCUUCUGCUUCCUGCAGAUUUUCUGUGUGUAUACCUAUGGAAAUGUAGAGUUUUCUAAUUUAGCCGCCAUGUCUUAUGACAGAUAUCUUGCCAUCUGUUAUCCUCUGCAGUAUCACACUCGUAUGCCAUCUAACAAGGUUGCCGUGCUUAUCGCGUCCAUCUGGUUAUUUGGUGUAAUUAACAUUGUUGUCUUGAUGUCUCUGAGUGUCUCCUUACAGCUGUGUGGGAACACAAUUCAUAAAGUGUACUGUGACAACUACUCAAUCGUUAAACUGGCAUGCUUCGACACAACCAUCAAUAACAUAUAUGGACUUGUGUAUAUAUUUACUGUUUUAUUUGGUCUUAUAAUUCUCAUCCUCUACUUCUACAUGAGGAUCCUUAAAGUGUGUUUUUCUGGCUCCAGACAGACCAGACAGAAAGCUGUCAGCACCUGCACACCUCAGCUUUGUUCCCUGCUGAAUUUUACUCUCGGGUCUUUCUUUGAAAUGGUGCAAGGCAGAUUUAAUAUGAGCAGUGUGCCCAUGAUAUUACGCAUUAUUCUGUCAUUGUACUGGCUGACGAGCCAGCCGCUCUUCAACCCUGUGAUGUACGGACUGAAAAUGUCCAAAAUCCGUAACAUAUGUAGAAGUCUGGCUUUUGGUAAAAUGAUGUAG